CAGUACACGAAGAACCCUGGACAAAUGUACUUUUAUUAGUCUUACUAGAACACACAUUCUCAUUUAAUGUUCACAACGUGGGUAUUGGGAGGGCAAGGAUGACUACCUCCGUCAGACAGAUGUGAAACGUGCCAAGCCCAGCCCUAAAUUGAGCUUUCUAACCACCGAGUCGCGGUCAGGCUUUCCAGCACUGUCCUCAAGCCUGAGUGCGUCCGGCGUGCAAACUACAAGCCCCAGAAGGCAAUGCGCCAGCAGUGAUGGGAGUGGGCGCGGAGGCGCGGGCUCCCCGACUACGCCUGCGCAGCGGGGCUGAGUUGGAGAACGUCUUAGACUACAAGUUCCGAGAAUCAGCGCGGCGAGGCCUGAGAAGAGGACGUUUGCGCCUGCGCGUCGCGGGCGGGGCCUCUGGGGCGGAGCGGCCACCAUCUUGGAACGGGAGGCGGAGCAGAGUCGACUGGGAGCGACCGAGCGGGCCGCCGCCGCCGCCAUGAACCCCGAAUAUGACUACCUGUUUAAGCUGCUUUUGAUUGGCGACUCAGGCGUGGGCAAGUCAUGCCUGCUCCUGCGGUUUGCUGAUGACACGUACACAGAGAGCUACAUCAGCACCAUCGGGGUGGACUUCAAGAUCCGAACCAUCGAGCUGGAUGGCAAAACUAUCAAACUUCAGAUCUGGGACACAGCGGGCCAGGAACGGUUCCGGACCAUCACUUCCAGCUACUACCGGGGGGCUCAUGGCAUCAUCGUGGUGUAUGACGUCACUGACCAGGAAUCCUACGCCAACGUGAAGCAGUGGCUGCAGGAGAUUGACCGCUAUGCCAGCGAGAACGUCAAUAAGCUCCUGGUGGGCAACAAGAGCGACCUCACCACCAAGAAGGUGGUGGACAACACCACAGCCAAGGAGUUUGCAGACUCUCUGGGCAUCCCCUUCUUGGAGACGAGCGCCAAGAAUGCCACCAAUGUCGAGCAGGCGUUCAUGACCAUGGCUGCUGAAAUCAAAAAGCGGAUGGGGCCUGGAGCAGCCUCUGGGGGCGAGCGGCCCAAUCUCAAGAUCGACAGCACCCCUGUAAAGCCAGCUGGCGGUGGCUGUUGCUAGGAGGGGCACAUGGAGUGGGACAGGAGGGGGCACCUUCUCCAGAUGAUGUCCCUGGAGGGGGCAGGAGGUACCUCCCUCUCCCUCUCCUGGGGCAUUUGAGUCUGUGGCUUUGGGGUGUCCUGGGCUCCCCAUCUCCCUCUGGCCCAUCUGCCUGCUGCCCUGAGCCCCGGUUCUGUCAGGGUCCCUAACGGAGGACACUCAGGACCUGUGGCCAGGCAGGGCGGAGGCCUGCUCUGCUGUUGCCUCUAGGUGACUUUCCAAGAUGCCCCCCUACACACCUUUCUUUGGAACGAGGGCUCUUCUGUCGGUCUCCCUCCCACCCCCAUGUAUGCUGCACUGGGUUCUCUCCUUCUUCCUGCUGUCCUGCCCAAGAACUGAGGGUCUCCCCGGCCUCUACUGCCCUGGCUGCAGUCAGUGCCCAGGGCCAGGAAUGUGGCCAGGGGAUCCAGGCCCUGGGAUCCAGGGCCCUGGGCUGGACCUCAGGACAGGCAUGGAGGCCACAGGGGCCCAGCAGCCCACCCUUUCCUCUCCCCACUGCCUCCUCUCCCCUCCCACACUCCCAGCUCGAGCCGUCCAGCUGCGGUGGGAUCUGAGUAUAUCUAGGGCGGGUGGGCGGGUAGUAGUGCUGGGCCUGUGUCUUGAGCCUGGAGGGAGUCUGCUCCUGCCGCCUUCUGCCCUGCCAGAGACAGACCCAUGUGCUGCCUGCCCACCGUGCCCCUUUGUCCCCAUGUCAGGCAGAGGCGGAAGGCCCACCGUGCCAGAGGCUGGGCACCAGCCUUAACCCUCACUCUGCUAGCACCUCCUCCCUUUCCCCAAGGUAGCACAUCUGGCUCACUCCCCACUCCGUCUCUGGAGCCCACCAGGGACGGCCCUCAUCCCCUGCCGCUACUUCUCUGGGGAAUGUGGGUUCCAUCCAGGAUUGGGGGCCUCUCUGCUCACCCACUCUGCACCCAGGAUCCUAGUCCCCUGCCCUCUGGCACAGCUGCUUCCUGCAAGAAAGCAAGUCUUUGGUCUCCCUGAGAAGCCAUGUCCCUCGUGCUGUCUCUUGCCUGUCCCACCUGUGCCCUGCCCUCCAGCUUGUAUUUAAGUCCCUGGGCUGCCCCCUUGGGGUGCCCCCCGCUCCCAGGUUCCCCUCUGGUGUCAUGUCAGGCAUUUUGCAAGGAAAAGCCACUUGGGGAAAGAUGGAAAAGGACAAAAAAUUAAUAAAUUUCCAUUGGCCCUCGGGUGAGCUGAGGGUUUUUGCAAGGAA